UCCUGAUAUUGCCCUUUAAAUAUUCCUUCGGGUUUCUUAACUAUUUUCUGUUUUUGUUGAUGUUUUCAUUACGAAAGAUAAACUAUGUUUUGCUGUAUAGAAAGUAUCAAUAACUGAUUAAAAAAGUUGUGUGUUUGAUUUAAAAGAAUCUGUUAAAGAAUUCUUUAAAUUUUGCAAAAGUUGUGUGUUUGAUUCACUGUACAUGCAAGAUUUUCUUCGAGGGUAUCCCUGAAAUUAUGGUUCAUGUCUCUGAGUUUCAUCCUGGCAAAAAUCUGUCACACAGCACCACAAGCAAAGUUCUUCUCCUUUGUCUCAUUGUUUUUCUCCUUCCUGUAAUCUAUCUAUUCUUCGCCAACAGUUCCUCGACGCCAUGGCUGAACUUUAAAUUCUAUGUUGAUAACAUCAAUCAAGGGAAAAAAUGUAACAUGUUUAAAGGAAAAUGGAUUCCUUCUCGUCAGGAACCUUACUACACUAAUGCAACUUGCUUUGGAAUUCAUGACCAGCAGAAUUGUAUGAAGUUUGGGAGACCUGACAGGGAGUUUCUGAAAUGGAGAUGGAAACCUGAUAACUGUGAGCUUCCUCCCUUCGAUGCGAAGUGUUUCUUGGAGAUUGCGAGGGGGAAGUCUCUGGCAUUUGUUGGAGACUCACUGGGAAGAAACCAAAUGGAGUCAUUGUUCUGUCUCUUGUCAAGCGUGAGCAAUCCUGAAUAUGUUUUCCACAAAACAAAUAAGUUCAUAAGCUGGCUGUUUAGAGACUACAACUUCACUCUGGCAUCCUUCUGGGCGCCUCACUUGGUUAAAACCAUCGAUGCAGGUCCCAAUGGCCCAACCUACAAUCGCCUGAUGAAGGUUUACUUGGACAAGGCUGAUGACAGUUGGGAAACUGAGAUUGAAACAUUUGAUUAUGUGAUCCUCUCAGCUGGAAGAUGGUUCUAUGGACCGCAGAUUUUCUAUGAAAAUGAUGAGGUUAUUGGCUGCCAUGAAUGCAAAAGAGACAACAUCGAAAAGCUGUCGAUGUUUUAUGGAUACAGAAGGGUGUUCAGAACUACAUUUGGUACUUUGAUGAGGCUUGAAAGGUUUAAGGGUGUGAUAAUUUUGAACACAUUGUCGCCGCCUCAUUUCGAGAAUGGAGAGUGGAACAAAGGGGGGAAUUGCAACAGAACAAAACCCUUUUUGAAGAAAGUAAAAGGACUAGAUGGAGGAGAUUUGGAGAUGUAUUUGACUCAAAUAGAUGAACUGAGAAUAGCUCAAAGGGAAGGGAGGAAGAAAGGAGUGAAAUUCUGGCUGCUAGAUGCAACUGCAGCCAUGCUUAUGAGGCCAGAUGGACACCCCAACCAUUAUGGACAUUGGCCACAUGAAAAUGUCACCAUUGCUGAUUGUGUUCACUGGUGCAUGCCUGGCCCUGUUGAUACAUGGAAUGAGUUCUUGCUUCAGAUGUUAAGAAUGUAUGAUAGUUAAUGUAAACAAGAACAUUUCUUAGUUAAGCUGAAGUUCUUUCUUUUUGUGCAAAAACCAUUUGACACAAAAAUAAUGUAACAUCCUGAUUCAAGGAAAGAUAUUUCCUACUUUAAAUACACAGAUCAUUAUGAUUUUGUUUUUUAA